GCCCUGAAACCACACGUCAUAUUUACGCGACUGUUGCCACCCUACUUUGUAGAAGACUCGCAGCUUUUUAAAAACAAAAACAAAAGCCAAUAAAACAUGUCUAACGCCAUGAAUUUCGGUACGAAGAGUUUUAAACCUCGGGCUCCUGAUAAAGGCUCGUUCCCUCUGGAUCAUUUUGGAGAGUGUAAAGCCUUCAAGGAGAGGUUCAUGAAAUGCCUGAAAGACAACAGCUUCGACAACGCCAAGUGCCGACUGCAGUCCAAAGACUACCUGGAAUGCCGCAUGGACAAUCAGCUGAUGGCCAAAGAGCCUCUGUCCAGACUGGGUUUCAAAGACCUGAUGGAUCCUCCUCCCAGCCAAGCAGACGGAGACACUAAACCCUGACCCUGCUACUCCACCACAGCACGCUGUGCCCAAAACUGGCAAGGAAGGAUGUCGCUGACUGUGGACGAAACAUAUCAAACUUAUUUGUUUUUUGAUGUCAACACAGGUCCCACACAAGCAUAUUAAAAAAGGCAAAGACUGCUGUGAGUGUGGAGCUGAGAAGAAUGGCUUCAAGGACUGUGAGAAUGUGGGCCUGCAAGAGGAUAGUGUGGUUUGCAUUGUGGCCUUUGAGAAGUUUGAGUUUGCAGAGAAGAACUGUGUACAUAUGAUAAAAUGUAUUAUAUAUGGAGAUGCUAUUUAUGUGAAUAAAUAUUUAGUUUUUAAACUAAACUGUGCUCAUAGCUUGACUGUGGCGUUUGAUAGUAAAAAAUGGUGACAUCU